AUGGCGAAUUAUGCUGACUACUUGGCGCACUUCAACUUCGAUGUUGUAUUCAAGCCUACGAAUCUCAACACGAACGCUGACUACUGUUCGAGAAUUCCGAACAAUUCUAAUGUCAACCAAUUCAAAGACGAGGGAAGAAGCUCAGGCGACGAUUUUGAACAAUUUGCGCAUGUCCAAAUCGAACAACUGCCAGUAAGAGCAGAGCACAUUGCUCGAGAAACACGCAAAGAUCCUCACCUAGGAAAAAUCCUUCAACACCUUGAGCAAGGUCAAAACCUCGGACAAUAUGGAUACAAAGCACCCGAAUCGAAGUACACAAUCGCAGCCAACUGUUUACUCUUUGAGCACCGAGUAGUCAUACCAAGCACACUACGUCAAGCCAUUCUUAACGAUUUGCAUGUGGCACACUUCGGCAUCGUUAGGAUGAAAGCCUUAGCCCGAUCAUAUGUCUACUGGCCCGGCAUCGACGCCGAUAUAGAGAAAACAGCUAAGGAGUGUCACGCAUGUGCUCGUUAUGGACCAACACCUCCCAGGUUCGACAGCCAUCACUGGGAGUAUCCGAGUGCUCCUUGGGAGCGCAUCCAUAUUGACUUCGCUGGUCCCGUAUGCAACACUAUGCUGUUAAUUGUUGUCGACGCUUUUAGUAAAUGGGUCGAAGUCAAGCCCACAAACACUAUAACUUCAGCAGCAACAAUUAAAAUUCUAGACGAACUCUUUGCAACGUAUGGAGUACCGAUCACCGUAGUAUCCGAUAACGGUACUCAGUUCACCGCAAAGGAGUUUAAAGAGUUCCUGCAAAAGAGUGGAGUCAAAUAUCACAAACUCACCGCACCUUACCACCCAGCAACCUAUGGACAAGCCGAACGUUAUGUCCAAACGGUGAAAAAUGGUCUCAAAGCUAUGGGAACAACAAGUGCUAACCUCACACGCAACUUAAACACAUUCCUACAGCAUUUCCGUAAAACUCCACACGCCGAGACGAAAGACUCUCCAGCCAAACUGUUUCUUGGACGAACCAUUCGUACUCGACUCGACCUCGUGAGACCACAAGCUGUUCACUCCAGUGUCUCCGAAAGACAAAAAGCCGAGUUCCGGCCUGCGUUUCGAACUUUGCCACCUGGACAGUCCGUCUACGUACUAUCAGGCAACACGCGCAUGGACAAAUGGAUUCCGGCUACCAUCUUCGCCCGAUUGGGAGACCUACAUUACGAUGUGUUGUACAACGGUCAACAUUUGAAGCGGCACAUUGAUCAAAUUCGACGGUUUGAAAUGAACCAACGAUGA